UUCUGCAAAAUCAAGUGACAAUAAAUACUUUUUUUCUCUUUUUGUUUGUGAAUGGAUCUGAGACUUUCCCCCAAAUUUAUAUUUCUGAGAAAGAAGACAUUUUUAAUUUCCCCAUCUGUAGUUUUCUCUUAUAAAAGUUAUUUUCUUUAAGCUCUCGUUUUGCUCAAUCUAAGGUUUUCCCUUUUGAUUUAGGUUUUCUGAUUUGAUGAAUUUGUGGGUCUCCGUAUUCCUCUUCUCUGCGAUAGCUGGAUUAAGCGUACCUUGUGGGUUCGCUUACGUUGACGAUUACGAUCACGACUUGGUUGUGUUCCGAUCCGGCAUCGAGCAGAAAUGUCCUCGCUCUCUUUAUCCGACCCCUCCUCUCGAGGUAGAUGGAGACUUGCUAGACAGACUCAUGGAUGCAAACCAUGGAUUUACUUAUACAUCCAUACUAUUUUAUACCAAACGGUGCCAGUUUUCACGUGCAGUACGCCCCAAGUUUGAUGUUCUGAGUUCAAUGUUUCCUCACAUUAAGCACCUGGUUGUUGAGCAAUCUCAGGCUUUACCAUCCGUCUUUUCUAGGUAUGGUAUUCAUAGCUUACCGUCAAUCCUGAUGGUGAAUCAAGCAGUGAAGGUGCGAUACCAUGGUCAAAAGGAUCUUGAAUGUCUGGUUCAGUUUUACAAGGAAACAACAGGUCUUAAACCUAUCCAGUAUAUUGAUGAAGGUGAACCAACAAGCUUGGAAACCGAUGGUGACCUGAUCACAUGGCUACUCAACGGGUCAUCAGUCAAAGAAAUAGCAGAAAGAGAUCCAUAUAUGGUACUUGCAUUGAUGUUUCUGUCUUUGAAACUGGCAAUUUUGAUCUUCCCCAUCAUGGGAUCACGCUUGAAAACAUUAUGGGCAAUGUAUGUUCCGCAUCUGAGCUUGGGAAUACUUGGGGAGACUAGCCAACUGUUUGGCCGUGCCCUGCACAUGAUAGACGUGAGGAGGCUAUGGAUGAAGCUGAGACUCACCAAAACAAGAAACUUUCAAGAAAGGGCAAAGAACGCACUUGCAUCGGUCUCGCUAGGAAAAUCAUCAUCACAAUCAGCCUAAAAGGGUGAUUUCAGAAAUACUUCGUUGUCGAUGAGUUUAGUUUAGAUUACUUUACUUUCUGUGAGAGUUCCUUUACUGACAUGUUUCUGUGACUUUGGAGUUCCUUUGUCCUCUGUAUGUAAGUCAUGUUUUGCUUCAUUUGUGAAUAUUUUUCUUCCUUUUUUGAAUAUUCUUGUUCUGGGUCUACUUCGUUUUGCAUUACAUUUUGUCUUGUAUUGAUUAUUAAUGGUUUGGUUUAAGUGGUGUUA